AUGGUCCAGUGUGGAGAGCGGAGGACGUCCCUGAGGUCCAGAGUCCAGAUCCAGAACCAGGUCCUGAGACUGGGACUUGCAGAGACUCUGUGCACAUACAUGAUGAUGACUUGUGGACUGGCCUCGGUGGCUCAGGUUGUCACAGGAAAAGGAGCCUUCGGGCAAUUCAUCAGCAUCAACCUGAGCUUUGGACUCGCAGUCGCUCUGGGAAUCCAUGUGGGGGGAGGGGUGUCCGGGGCCCACAUGAAUGCUGCCGUCUCCUUCACUUUCUGUGUCUUUGGGACUCUGAGCUGGAGGCUCCUCCCACUUUACAUUGGCUCUCAGCUCAUUGGCUCUUUCCUCGCCGCGGUAACCGUCUACGCUGUUUACUACGAGGCCAUCCACAAUUACUGCGGGGGAAACCUGACGGUGUACGGGCCUGAGGCCACAGCCGGAAUCUUCUCAACCUACCCUGCCCCCUACCUGUCUCUGACUGGGGGAUUCAUCGACCAGGUCUUCGGCACCUCCCUCCUGCUCCUCGGGCUAUCAGCUCUCUCUGACCGCAGGAACACACCAUGUCCUCCAGGGGGCGAGCCUGUGGCUGUGGGUUUGCUUGUUCUGCUCAUCGGAAUGUGUGCUGGCUCCAACAGUGGCUACGCCAUCAAUCCGAGCCGUGACCUGGGGCCCCGGGUCUUCACUGCUCUGGCAGGGUGGGGCCUUGAGGUCUUCAGAGCUGGUCAGGGCUGGUGGUGGGUGCCACUUGUCGCCCCGUGUGUCGGUGGAGUUCUGGGGACUGGACUCUACAAGCUCAUGGUCCAGAUGCACCACCCUUCUGCACCCUCUUCUGGUGGGACGGGAGAACUGCAAGAGGGACAGGGACACACAGAGCCACUGGAGAAACAGAGCGACUGCAUAGUGUGA